AUGGGCAGGCCGCUGCUCCUGGAGGUCGCGGACAAGCCCGCGACGUCCGCUGCCAUCGCCGUGUGCGUGGGCGCCUGGCUGCUCAUCACGCAGCGGCGGCUGGGCUACGAGGACGUCGGCAUGAGCUACGACAAGGUCGUGCGCGGGCGCCAGGCGUGGCGCAUGAUCGUCUGCCAGUUCAGCCACGUGGAGGCCCUCCACCUGAUCUUCAACGUCAGCGCGCUGUGGUCGCUGGGCGGUAUAGAGACCAGCCCAAAGAUGGGCACCGGGUACUAUUUGCGUGCCAGCGCCGCGCUGAUCGCCCUGUCUCAGCCUCUCUGCCUGGCGUUCUACCACCUGCUGAUCACGGUGGGGGGGAGGGAGCGUUACGCGCGCGUGACGGCGGUGGGCUAUUCCUGCGUCACGUUCGGGCUCAUGUCCGCGCUGUCCGUCAACGAAUUGGGGAUGGGGCAGCUGAGCCUGUUCGGCCUGGCCAGCAUCCCCGCCCCCCUGGCCCCCUUUGGCUAUCUGGUGCUGACAUCGGUGCUGAUCCCACGGGCCAGCUUCAUCGGCCAUCUGAGCGGCGUGUUGGUUGGCUACGUGGUUGGGUUUGGCGUCUUCGAGCAGCUGACGCCGUUCUGGGCGGUCAGCCUGGCGCUGUGGGGCGCAUUGGGGGCGCUUGUGGGACUGGUCAGGAGCGGCGCGGUGAGCCUUCCGUUCGUGAGGUUUGAGGAGGAGGGAGACGUCGAGGCGGGGCUGGCUGUGGGAUUCUCCAGCGGCGCUGCUGUGUGA